CAGUUUUUAUGUCUUUUUUAUUUUGAUUGUCAGGAGUAUUUUGGUGUAUUGUUGUGAGGGAUAUGGAGGGGCAUUUGCAUGCGAGGUCUACCGUUGGGGUGCAUGAUGCUGUUUUGCUGGAAAAAUACCUGGAUGAGGAUGUCUUCAUUGACAACCUGGACAAGAGAUUCAAAGCCAAUCACAUUUACACAUACAUUGGACCAGUGCUGAUAAUAGUGAACCCCUACAGAGAACUGGGGAUCCACUCCAAACAGCACAUGAAGGAUUACAGAAAUGUGCAUUUCUUCGAGGUCCCCCCUCACGUCCGCCGUCACAGCCGCCACUUUCGAGCUGGAAAAAAAGUGGCCGCCACUUUGGCGGCUGUGAAGGCGGCUGUCGAUGAAAAUAGCGGAAUUGCCUUAGAUGACCUGGAGGCAACCCAUAGAGAGAAUGCCAAAUUUGCCAUCGCUGACACAGCGUAUCGGUCUUUGAAGCAAGAGAACAGGGAUCAAUGUGUCCUGAUAUCGGGUGAAAGUGGAGCUGGAAAGACUGAAGCUUCCAAGAGAAUCUUGGAGUAUGUUGCCAAUGCCAGUGGGCAUUCUGUGGUUGCACAGGUCAAAGAGAUGCUUUUGCUCUCCAAUCCCUUGCUGGAGGCCUUUGGCAAUGCCACCACCACCAGGAAUGAUAAUUCAUCCAGAUUUGGAAAAUACAUGGACAUUGCAUUUGACUUCAAGGGGGAACCAGUUGGUGGGCACAUCUUGAGCUACCUCCUGGAAAAAAGCAGAGUGGUUUACCAAGCAAAUGGGGAAAGAAACUUCCACAUAUUCUAUCAACUUUUGAAUGGAGCUUCAGAUGAGAGACUCUCCAGCCUUCACCUGACCAGAGAUAUCAGUCAGUACCAAUACAUGAAGCAGGGUGGAGGUAAUCAGCACUCUCACAAGUCACAAGAUGAUGUUGGCCAGUGGAAAAUUAUGGAACAUGCCAUGGAUACAUGUGGAGUGCAGGCUGAAGAAAAGAAGCAUAUUCUGUCAACUGUUGCUGGCAUUUUGCAUCUUGGGAAUGUGGAGCUUGAAGAAGGACCCAACAACUAUGCAGAAGUUCCUGCCAAGAGUAGGGAUGCCUUGUUGAAGGCUGUUCAGCUCUUCGGAUGUGCAGCAGAUGCUUUGGAGAAAGCCCUGACCCACAGGACAAUUGAAGCAAGAGGAGAGUUUGUGACUACCCCUUUGAACAAGGAGCAAGGCGACAUACGGUCCCUACGGGACCGUUUCCGAAUAAUAUCAAUUAUGGAUGAAGAAUGUCUGAGGCCCGGUGAUCCUACGGAUGCCACAUUCCUGCACAAAAUGAGGAAUUCUUUUGGCGCCUCGCACCAAUUCUUCAAAGCGCCGCAGCCCUCUGUCAAAAGAGGGACAAAAACUGCUGAUCAAGGACUCAUUGAGCUGACGCUGAAGAGCGAGCAAGAAGAGUAUCUCAGGGAGGGCAUCCAAUGGACCACCAUUGAGUUCUUUGAUAACAAACCCAUCUGCCAAAUGAUUGAAACUGUUCACAAAGGAAUAAUAUCAAUUAUGGAUGAAGAAUGUCUGAGGCCCGGUGAUCCUACAGAUGCCACAUUCCUGCACAAAAUGAGGAAUUCUUUCGGCACCUCGCACCAAUUCUUCAAGGCGCCGCAGCCCUCAGUCAAAAGAGGGACUAAAACUGCUGAUCAAGAAUUCAUUUUGCUGCACUAUGCUGGAUCAGUGACCUAUAAUAUUCUUGGGUUCCUGGACAAGAAUAAUGACCUGCUGUUCAGGGACUUGAAGGACACCAUGUCCAAGGCCAAGAAUGAAGUGGUUAAUGCAGUGUACCCCAAGUCAGAGCUGGAGGGAAAGAAGAGGCCUGACACUGCUGCCACCCAAUUCAAAAGCAGUGUCAACAACAACUAA